AUGGAUUUAUCGCAAUUCCCUGUUCAAAAUAAUUCGACAAACUAUUUGAGUACAAAUUUUACAAAUAUUGUUGAAAUUAUUCAACUCAUUUUUUUCUGCUUCACAGUUCCAUUUUAUAGUUUUAUUUUGGGAUUUUUGAUUGAUGCGCAAGUUAGAAAAUCGAAAGAAUUGAACACGCCAUUUUUCAAACUUUGUGUCUCAACGGGAAUUAUUGAUUUAGGUGAGUUUUUUCAAUGGAUUCAGAAUAAAAAAUUCGAGCAAAAAAUACUUCAACUAUUUACGGUACAAAGUCUAAUGUUCUUAUGAAUUUCUGAUUGUGAGAGUUCUCAGAGUGAAAAACUGUAUCAAAGAAAUUUCAUGAAAAUUGUUUUUUAGUCACUUUAUUCGCCAACUAUUUUGGUGCAGUUUUCCCAAAACAUGGCCUUUUUCUACCAUUCUACAUAUUUUGGGAUACAAUAUAUUCUCAUUUUUAUUUUUAUCUUGCUUGGUCAACUGGAAUAUGUCAAUCAAUGUCUGUCUCACUUUUAGCAACAAAUCGAUUAUCAGCGAUUUUAUUCGCAAAUAAAUAUCAAAAAAUGUGGAAUUCUAAAAGGAUGCGAAGAGCAUUUGCUAUUCAAUUUUUUCCGGGAUUUUUAAUGGGAAUUUUGACAUUUUUCAAUCCAACACAACUUUAUCAAAGUGAUAAACAUGGAAUUGUCCCAAAAUUUAUGAAGUCAGUUUUGAAAGAAUAUUUCGGAAAAAAAACAAUCAUGAAUUUUUAGUGCAACUUUAACCAUGGUAUAUUUUUCAAUUGGUGCAUUUUUCUUAUUUGGAAAUUGUAUUUAUCUUAUAAUUGCUUAUUUUUAUCUUUUUCGAGUCUUACGAAAACGUGACAAACGAGAAAGAUCAGAAUGUUUCAAAAGAGCAGAUAUUAGAUUAUUCACAAUGUGCUCAAUUAUAGUUGCAGUUCAACUAACUAUUUUAUUAUUUUUUGUCAUGAAAGUUAUUGGAAGAUUCAAGUUAUCGAUUGAUGAUUUUUAUUUUUUCUAUAAUGCGUUGAGGUUAUCCCUAGAUUAAUUUUUUUGAUGCAAAAAAAAUCAAUAACUUUUUCAGUGACCUAUUCGCUAGUAUAAACCCUUAUUUAUAUUGGAUAUUUUCAAGAUCUUUGAGAAAAUAUAUUUAUUUUCGAAUUGGAAUAAAUUGGAAUAAUUUGGAUGGUGCAAGAAUAGUUACAAUAAGUAAACACCUUUGAAACAAAAAAAAAAUGAAAAUGAAUGAAAAUAUUUUGUUUUGUUUGAUCAGAUGGUUUUUUAUUUGAAAAAAUAUUUUUUGUGAUUCAAAAAGAAAGUCUGAAUUGAUUUAUACAUAAAUCGACUAUAUUUUAUUCAUAAAAUCGUUUAAAAUCUAAUAAAGUUCAAAAAACAAACAAACCACACUUAAAUAUUGUGAUAAUUUUUUAACAUUAGGGCGCACAAUCUCUCUGACCUUUGAUGACCGCCACCUUUCGAAAAAUGAUUUGUUCGAAAAAAAAAAUUUCUCCUCAUUCGCCGCUGAUCAAUUCAGCAGAAUGGAUUUCAAAUUUUUUGUUCCCUUGAAAUAAUCAAUAUAUUUCAGCUAAAAUCCUGCGGAAGGUCAUCAGUUUAUCUUUGCCACAAAGUUCAGCAAACUACGAAAGCAACAAAUUGGAAAAUUGCAACCGACCGUAAACCUCACCAAAAUGUUCCCCGUGCCCAAAUGACUCAUUUUCAAAAAAAAAUUUUUUUUGAGUAAUCUGGUCCUUUAAAAGUGAUUUUUGGGCCGAAUGGGUCUCACCACGAUGUUCCCCAUAUCGAAAUACCCUUAAAUUUCAAAUUUCAUAAAAAUCGAUUUUUCAUGCAUACUUCCUUUAAAAGUCAGCUUCAUAAUAAAUAACCCUUUUUUGACAUUAGGUGAAUCGGUUAAAACUUUUUAAAACAAUUUUUGUAUAUAAUUAUUCUGUUAUAAAUAAAAAAUAUGAAUUAAAAUUUUUUCAGAUCUCAAGAAAUUCCGACGGAGAUUUCAUAUGAUGUAGAAUUCAAUGGAUAUGGACUGGAUGAUGAUUCUACAAUUGAGUGAGUACAUCUUUAAAUUUUUUGUUCCCUUGAAAUAAUAUAUUUCAGCUCAAAUCCUGCAGAAGCUUAUCAGUUUUUGUUUGCCACAAAAUUUGGCAAAUUACGAAAGCAACAAAUAGGAAGAUUGCAAGAAAUAAUUAACAUCAUUAACACAGAAACAGCUGAUUAUAUUGAGAAAGAAAGAGAGAAAUGUAGAUUCAUAGAGACGGAAAAUUCGGCUAUUGCUGGUAAGUUCUUCGUAUUGCUUUUUUGCAUGUUUGAUUUUGCAAAAGUUUUCGGUGUGGUUUCAUAUUCAAAGAAUCUGAAUUUAUUCCGACCUUGCACGACGAAAAACAAUCAAAAACUGAAUGGGAUUUACUGAAUUGGGUGUAAAUUCUAAACAAACCCCAUUCAGUGUAAUUUAUUUUUGAAAAUACAUUCCUUUUUUCGAACUCAAUUCAGUGAUUGCAAAUUUCAGGGCAAUUAUCAAAAUUUUGCACCCCAUUUUUACUCCAUUCAGUCUUAGCCGUUGAUUUCGGUCAAGUCAGAUAAAUUUUAUUCUAAUACAUUCCAUUGUUAAUAUAUUGAUUUUCAGAAUCUUUUUAUAAUUGUCUGGCGUUCUUCAAAAAAACAAAUCAAAUUCAUCCGCUAUUUGCCGGUUCGAGAGGUUAGUUUGUUUUCUCGUGUUUGCUGUUCAACAAAAAGUGUACUUUUUCAGCAUUGUUGGAAUCGCACGGUUUGGAAGACGCAGAGCAGUCAAAAUUUUAUGAAAAUAUGCUUCGUCAACACAUUCCAAAUAUUAAUCAACAUCAACAAUUCCAAACGUUUCUCAACAACAGCAACAACUCCGUGGAUCUGUUCCUUAUCACAACCCCAGAUAUCAAAAUCGUGAAGGUGGUGAAAACGAAGAACCACGAAGAAAUUUUCGUCAUUUUGUUCCAUCGCGUAAACAGCCAGAGGAAGAGACCAGUCACGCGACUCCUCGCCGUAAUCUCAAAAGAAUUGCCCCAGGUAAAUGGAAAUUUAUUUAUAUUUAUAUAUUUUAAAUUUUUCAGAAUCAAUCAAUCCAUGGAAUUUCUAAUUUUUUUUUUAAUUUUUUGUCCCAGCAUGUAAGUUCCCCCCCCCCUCAACACAUAUUUUUUAAAACUAAUUUCACAUUCACGUAUCUUUUUUAUUUUUUGUCUAUUUUUAUUUUUUUUUCUUACAUUUAUUUGUCCGAAAAAGAUCCUUACUCCCCGUGUUUUUUCGUCCAAUUACAUUUUUAUCAUUAAUUCACAUAUAAUCUCACAUAUGGGUUUUCAAGAAUAAAGUGAUGGUGAUUUAAAAUAUGUUUUAUUUAUGACGUCUUUAUGGAUAGGUGUCAGAACCCGAAAAGCUGAUUGUGAAUUUUUUGAAAUUUAGUUCUAUUCUAGGAUGGAUUUCGAAAUUGGGGAGGGAAUUCGAGUCGAUUCACAGAUCGCUACGAUUUUAUACAUUGGAAAAAAAAUGAUGGAUAUGGUGAACAAGUUUGGGGUGGAGUUGAAUGGGAUGAUGAAAAACGAGGGAAACAUGAUGGAAUUGUCAAAGGAUUACGGUAUUUUCAGAAAAAAAUUUGGAAGCUCUGGGUAUUUUUAGACAGGGAAAUUUUUUGAGCCUGUGGAUUUUCGAAGAUUUGGAAUUUUUUCAGGAUGUAA